GUUGUUGUCAGCAGUAGAAGCUCCGUUAGCAUUAGGCUUUCAGAAAAUAUGCGUUUGCUUUUCUCUUUUAUAAGCUGUAAACAUUAAAACUUAACUCUGGAGGAGGCCGUUGCAUUAUUGGAGUUAUAUUUAGUUGUGAUGUUAAUUUCCUUUUCCUGGGCUGUUUAUUUUAUAUUUGUAUCGAAGCCACUGUUUGGGAAGACUUAGCUAGCCCAAAGUUAGGAAUGGUUCGAUGACACCGACUGCAUUAGUUUGAACGCCAAGCUGCUUGUUGCACUGUUAAAGGUGUGAAAUGGAUUUUUCUAAAUUCUUGGAUGACGACUUCGACGUGAAAGACUGGGUAAACGGUGCAUUUAAGGUGGUGCAGAAGGACGCGCCGGGGAAGGCAGAUACUCACGCAGCAACACUGGUUAUGAAACUACAAUUAUUCAUCCAAGAAGUCAACAAUGCUAUCGAGGAGAGCAGCAAUCAAGCCCUCCAAAAUAUGCCCAGAGUACUGCGAGAUGUGGAGGCUUUGAAACAGGAGGCUUCUUUCCUAAAGGAGCAAAUGGUUCUGGUAAAAGAGGACAUCAAGAAGUUUGAGCAAGACACUGUACAGUCCAUGCAGGUUCUGGUGGAAAUAGAUCAAGUAAAAGGUCGAAUGCAGCAGGCAGCUGAGGCACUGCAGGAGGCAGACAAAUGGAGCACACUGAGUGCAGACAUCGAGGAGACUUUUAAAACACAGGACCUAGCUGUGAUUUCUUCUAAGUUAACCAGCAUGCAGAACAGCCUGGCCAUGCUGGUAGACACACCAGACUAUUCUGAAAAGUGUGUCCACCUCGAGGCGCUGAAGAACAGGCUGGAGGCCAUGGCCAGUCCACAGAUAGUAGCAACUUUUAAUUCUCUGUCUAUAGACCAGGCCAAGCUGUUUGUUAAAGUUUUCACAGAAAUAGAUAGAAUGCCACAACUUCUAGCAUACUACUACAAGUGUCACAAAGGCCAGUUGGUGAGCAUAUGGCAGGAUCUCUCUCAGAGCGAGCUCAAUCUCAACCAGCAGCUCUCUGAAUUCUAUGACACUUUGCUCUCAACUUGGCACACUCAGCUGCAGUGGAGCAGCCAGGUGUUCAAGAACCCGUAUGAAGUGGUGACAGUACUGCUCAUCCAGACUCUGGGGGCCAUGGUGCCUUCCAUCCCUGUGUGCCUGAGCACAGCAAUGGAGCGAGCAGCCCAAGAACAGCGUCUUGACACUCUACUGGAGCUCCAUCACACCACGUCUACCUUUGGUCACAGUUUGGAGGCUGCCAUGCUUCCACACCUGGGUGCGAAUAACCUGUUGAAGGUACAUGAGCUGGUGUGUGCGCUGUAUGAUCCCUACAAAUCUUACCAACUACAGUAUGGAGAGCUGGAGGAAGCUCAUCUCCUCAUACAGAUCAGUGCCGUUCCUUUGGAGCAUGGAGAAGUAAUUGAUUGUGUGGAGGAGUUGAGCCACUCUGUCGGCAAGCUGUUUGGUUUGGCCAGUGCUGCUGUGGACCGCUGUGUCAGACUGACUGAUGGACUGGCUGUGUGUGGCCUUCUCAAAGCUCUCAAAGCUCUCUUUACUAAAUAUGUGUCAGACUUCUCUACAACACUCCAAUCAAUAAGAAAGAAGUGUAAACUUGAAGAUACGCCAAGUUCAUCUGUUUUCCAGGAGGACUGGACAGCUUUCCAGAGCUCAGUCAGGAUCAUUGCAACAUGUGGAGAGUUGCUCAGGCAGUGUGGUGCUUUUGAGCAGCAGCUGUCAAACAAGAUCCUUGGCAGAGCAGGUAAGUACUUGUCAGAGUCGUACAGCCCACGCAGCCUGGCCGGCAUCCAGGAGGCCAGCUCCACAGAAAGGAAGAGUGCCAUCAAAAACCCUUGGCAGGAAUAUAACUACCUUCAGAGAGGGAACAUGGCUGAAUAUAACAACCUGAUGGAGAUCCUCUACUCAUUAAAGGAGAAAGGCACAGGCAACUCCAGCUUAUUGGCCGACUCCAGAACAGCUCUGACCAGACUCAAUCAACAGGCCAACCAGCUUGCCUUCGACUCUGUCUUCCUGCAGAUCAAACACCAGCUCGGCCUCGUCUGCAAGAUGGAGACUCAAGAUGCUGCCGGUAUUGGAGAGGGCUACACUGAAGACCUGCCUACUUUCAGCCUGUCACCACAAGAGUACAUUACAAAUAUAGGGCAGUACCUGAUGUCUCUGCCACUUCAUUUGGAGCCUUUUGUGACACAGGAGGACCCAGCACUAGAGAUGGCUCUGCAUGCUGGGAAGUUGCCUUUCCCUCCAGAGCAAGGUGAUGACCUUCCUGAGCUGGAUAACACAGCAGACUACUGGUUGGGCUCCAUUGCCCGGGCCACCAUGCAGACCUACUGUGACGCCAUCUUGCUUAUUCCUCAGUUGACCCCCCGUUCCACCAAACAGCUGGCCACAGAUAUUGAAUAUCUGAGCAAUGUGAUGGAUGCUCUGGGCCUGCAGCCUUCACGCACCCUGCAACACAUCGUUACACUGCUGAGGGCUAAACCAGAGGACUACAGACAGACGGCCAAACUGCUGCCCCGUCGCCUCGCAUCCACCAUCGCUGCACUCCGGUGCAUCGACUACUAACAACAAGGGACAAGGAGGAGGGCUCUGUAGGUACUACAACUCUCUGAGGUGUACUGGGGAUUCCCUGUGCUGUAAAGAAACAGAAGAAUGUGAUAUUUUUAGGAGCCGGUUAAUAUGUUACAGUUGACUCUAACAUCACAUGUCAGUGAUGACUGUCACUUAGCCUCAGCUUGUCUGGAUAUUUCUGUCAAGAUAAAUGUGGGAGUUGUGGUAAUGUUAAAAUGAUUUAAAUCAGGGUGUUCUUAUCUUUUUCACAGGUAAUACUGAUGUUAGUUUUACUUAAAUAACAUUUCACCAAUGAUGAUGCCUUCAAGUCAAGCCAAGGGGUAAAAAUAUCUUGACUUGUCACUUUUAGAUCCUGCAUUAAUAAGGUGAUGGAAGCCUUUUGUCAAAGCAUUUAAAAUCUGUAUGACAAACGUGUUUGAUUUAAGAUAUGUCACUGUAAUAUAAUUUAUCUUUACUAUUUAAUUAUCAAUAGGUCAUAUUUGUGAUGAGAGCGGUCUUAAUUUUUUUAUUUAAUCCUCAGAUUCAGAUAUUCAGUACUGGCUGACUAAUAUAACUUUGAAUAUUUUUUUUCUAUUUGUUUUCAUGCAGUAUGAAAUAAAUCUGUACAUACAUUUACAUUAAAACUUUCAUUUUUACCUGC